AUGCUCUCAGCGGACACGAGCGACGCCUCCGCCUCCGCCCCCGCCACCCUCUCGAGGACAACCAGCACACUCACGCCGCCCUCGUCGUCGGCCUCGUGCACGACAUCAUCAUCGUUCGUCUCCUCCUCGUCGUACGACUACGAGCGCACCCCCGAGCGCAGGGCCCUCAACCUCUCGCUCAACGUGUACAACACGAUACGGCGCGUCUCGGCGCUCCUGCCGGGCGUCAUCAUCGCCGUCGACGCCUGGUGGAUCAAGUCGGACCGCCUGUGCAGGCCCGGCGACGCCGUCUCCCUCUGCGAGGGCGUCCUCGAGCUGACCUUUCCCGUGGCCCUCGCCGCGUUCCUCUUCGACGUGGCCACCAUCAUCGUCAACCGCCUCGGCAUCCCGGGCGCGUCGACCAUGCCGCUGGUCGUCAGCAUCCUGUGCCACUUCGUUUUGACGUUUACCUGUCUCAUCUGCUUCGCGGGGCUGUUGUACAUUUUUACACGCUCCGUCAACUUUUCCUGGCCCGCGGGCGUCUUGUUCAUCGUCUUGGUGUCUUCUUUGGGAGUCUUGGCUUGCGCUGCCUUUGUGUACGGAGUCAUUUCGUGGCGCUAG